UUCCAAAGUCGAAACUAAAAUGGUGUUUUACCGAACUUAAUCAAUCAGUUUCCUUUCAUCCUCCCUUCUUGAUCUCUCUUUCCUCUCCCUCCCCUCACCUCUCCAAAAACAUUGGGUAAUUUGUGAGUUUGAAAGAGAUUUACGGGAGCGAAUAUAAGCAAAAAAAUGGGAGACAAUCCUGUUACUUUCCUCCUACAGUACUUGCCCGAGGUACUGGCACAAGAAGCAAAUUACCUUCGUGGAGUGGAGGAACAAGUCAAUUCACUUCAAAGGGAGCUCAGUCUGAUAAAUAUUUUCCUUGAGAACUCGGAGGAGAAACGGAACGAGCAUGCAAUAGUGAAGGAGGUAGUCAGGCAAAUUAGGGAUGUUGCUCACGAGGCUCACGAUGUUAUUGACACAUUUAUCCUCAGCGUUGCAAAGCACAAGAGGAGGAGCACGGUGGGGAAGAUAUUCUAUAGCGUUACCCACGCAAAUAUGCUUCAUAAUGUUGCAAUGAAGAUAGAAGCCAUCAACAGGGAAAUCAAUCAAAUCUUCAACAAUAGAGAAAGGUACAACAUUGAAAGAACUGAAGCUAGAGAGCAUGAAGCGGCGGAGGCACUGCACAGACGAAGGAGAGAAGUCGAGGAAGACUACGUGGUUGGCCUCACUGAUAACUGGACGAAAUUGGAGGAGAAACUUAUUGGAGGGGAUCCUAAGCUUGAUGUGAUUUCAAUUAUCGGCAUGGGUGGGUUGGGGAAGACAACUCUUUCCAGGAAAACCUACAAUUCUUCUCCGGUCAGGAAGCUCUUUGAUUGCCAUGUAUGGGUGUAUGUAUCUCAAGAUUUCCAAACGAGGGAACUGUUGGUUAAAAUUUUGAAGGAGAUGCAAAUACCAGAGGAGUUGAGAAGGAGGCUCAAAUACUUGAGAGAGGAUAAAUUAAAAAAGAACUUGUUCGAAUACUUGCAAGGGAAGAAGUACUUUGUAGUCAUGGAUGACAUCUGGAGUGCUGAAGUUUUGAAUGAGGUAAGAUCGGUUUUUCCCGAUAACUGUAAUGGAAGUAGAAUAUUGAUCACCAGCCGCAAUAAAAAAGUGACUAUAGAUGUACACGGUUCUUCUGACCCCUACCUUCUCCCAUUUCUUAAAGAAGAUGAAAGCUGGAAACUCUUUUGUAAAAAGGUAUUCCAUGGAGGAUAUUGUCCUCCAGAGUUAGAAGCUUUGGGAAUACAAAUGGUAAAAAGUUGUGGUGGCUUACCACUUUCCAUUGUAGUAUUAGGGGGUCUUUUAGCAAAUAAAGAGAAGACACACCGAAUAUGGUCCAAAUUAUUUGGCAAUGUAAAAUGGCAUCUUAAAGAAUGCAAAGACAUCCUAGCCUUAAGCUACACCCACCUGCCUCGACACUUAAAACCAUGCUUUUUGUAUCUUGGUGUAUAUUCAAAAGACUUUGAGAUUCCUGUAAAACAACUGAUCAACCUGUGGAUAGCUGAGGGUUUCAUACCACACACUCACAGUAUAGACCCAAAGGAUGUUGCUGAAGACUACUUUGAGCAGCUCAUCGAUCGAAGUUUGGUCCAAGUGGCUAGCUUAAAGACUGAUGGUGGGGUAAAGACAUGUCGUAUCCAUGAUCUUCUGCGAGACUUCUGCAUGACUGAGAGUUUAGAAGAGAAGUUUCUUGAGGUUCUUGAUGUUAAGCAUUUAUCGGCAAACAAAUCCCGCAGACUUUCCAUCCAAGGUAGCAUUGAUCCAUAUAUUUCUUCAAACCCCUCUCACCCUACAUUUGUCCGUUCUUUGUUGUUUCAUGGCGAUGAUACAUAUGGCGGCUUUGAUCCAAAUCACUGGGAAUGGGUCCACGAAAACUUCAAGUUAGUUCGGGUGCUUAGUUUCAAGCAUGUAAAUCUCUAUUCCAUUCCCACAAUGAUAGCAAAAUUGAUCCAUUUGAGGUACUUGGGUAUAGAAUCUGAUGCACUGAAAGUUAUUCCAGCUUCCAUUUGUAACCUUGUGAAUUUAGAAACACUUGACAUGAGAGGUACUUCUCUCAAUCAUCUACCAAAAGGGAUAUGGAAGUUGCGACAUCUAAGAAAUCUGUAUAUGUCUGGGCCAGUGAGUUUACCCGACAAUUUGAACCCAGACGUUAAAGCUAUGUGGAACCUCCAAGUUCUUUCCACUAUAUCGCUUGACCUGCAAAAUAUGCCUCUCAUUGCCCCUACUAUAAGGAAAUUAGGAAUAUGGUUUGCAUCCAACGAGAGCAACUGUGGGGCAAUAGAUGUUUUGGCAAGCCUUUCCGGGUUAGCUUCUCUUCAAACAUUGAAAAUUAUAAAUUGUUCAGAAGGUCAUAGAUUUCCGAGUUCAUUUCCAUCGACAAUUACCAAGAUUACAUUACGAGAAGUAUAUUUAGGAAUGGGUGGCGGCAUGACAGUGCUCGGGCAACUUCCUAGUCUUCACGUUCUGAAACUACGAAGUUGCUUCCUCUCUGACCCUGAAGUCAAUACAGGAUGCCCUCCCGGACUCGAAGUUGUCCCAAAUUCGUUUCCAGUACUCGAAGUUCUGAAUUUGGAAGAAUUGGAAAUUGAAAAAUGGGAGCAGGGGAUAGGCGCAAUGCCACGCCUCAUGUGUUUGGUUAUCAAAGAAUGCAAUGAGUUGAAAAUGCUCCCUCCGGAACUAUCAAGUUUGAAUGCCUUGCGAGAAGUGGAGGUGUCCCGGAGCAAUCCAGAUUUGAUAAUGUUGCUUCAUCCGUUGCAAAGGAAUCUUGGGUUUAAUCUACUCAUCAAAUAAUCCUAGUAGAUGUCUGGUAACUUCAUCCGGGGAGCCAGCAAUCUGGUAUACUUUCUCUUUGAGUUUUGCAGCUGUUGCUGUAUGCUGUAGCCUGUAGGAGUGAUGAUAUUUCAUUUGUUUAAAGCUUCUUUUGAGGUUCUGGUGUGAUUAGGACUGGUGUAUUAGCUUCCUGAUUGGUGUUUUCAGAACCCAGUUUUUACUGGUGUGUUGUAAAAUUUGGUUGGUUUUAGUAAAGAUUCUUAUUCAUCGAAAAA